CGGCCUCCCAAAGUGCUGGGAUUACAGGCUUGAGCCACCGCGCCCGGCAGUGUUUCAGUUUUCACUUAACCACGAGUCUGAGGCUCAUGGUUUCUGUGACAACCUGAGGUCAGGUGACCUGGAUAUGUCCUGCCAAACUGUUCCUGUGGAAUAAGUAAGCUGUUUGUAAACAGGAUGGCAAAGAAUUCUCUCAUAAGACUUCAAAUUUGAAAAGUAUGAGGUAGCAGGGCAAUAGGUCACAGGUCAAAGGUAAUAAGCCAUUUUGGGCCUGUUCUUUUGUGAAGGCUUUGGCUGCCUUUCAGACUGAGGUCUUGGAAAUAGUUCACACACAGGCCUUCUGCCAACAGACUACUGAGAGUUGGCUGAGGCAGGAUUCUAUUGCACAAUCCCCUCCCUCUCUUUCUCUCUCUCUGUCUUGAUGUCUGAAAGUUACAAAAAUGCAAGGAAUUUUAUAAAAACUAAGUGUACAAAAGAUGCAACAAAAUAAGAUAUGUUUUAAUAAAUUUAGAACAACUUUUUUUCUGAGGGACAGUAGUCCAAAAUUUGAAUUUACUGUGAUAAAUUCUUUCAAAAUUCGUUGCAAAGUAUGUUUUAGAAAAGCAGUAAGUAUAUUAAAAUAACGAAGAAGAUUAAAAAUAUUGGCAGAAAAACUUGGGACAGUUGUAGGCUUUUUGAGGAGGCGAUGUAUCUCUGUUCCACCUAAGCCACCAGAGGUAGUCUUUAAACAACCUAAUAAGAUAGUUUAAUUAGUGAGCUUAUCUAUAAGUAUAUGUUAUGAUAUUUAACUAUGUGUGUUGAAGAAUACACACACUUAUGAAGAAAAAAGGUAGAGUUAGGCUUCCUCAAAAUUUCUUGUCUUACUUUAGAUUUAUUGCUGCUGUUAUUCUUGCUUAGAGUAGGAAUUCAUUACAGGAGUAGAAAUAAAGUGAAUGUUAGAUUUACCUUCUCUGACAUUAGAGCUUGGCUUGAAGGACUUUCUUCAGUUCCUUGGUUAUUGUAUUAGUCUGCCUUACUAGUUUGUUUUCUCUUUCCUGUUUGUAUGCUACUAUGGAGUUAUAACUUCGAUCUUGGUCAGUUUUGGUGUCUUUUCACUCCUGGAUUGUAAUACUUUGUUAAUAAAGAUGUGAGGCACUGGAAAUUCUUAAAGUAGAUAAUGGAAAGUUGAGAGACAAUGAAAAGAUGAUAAGGGAACCAUUCUCAAAAACAAAGUAUGAGUCAUUAGCCACUUUAACUGUAAAUACACUUCGUUGGGAUGGUAUCAAUCAUUUGCAAAGAAAUCACCCAGUUCAAUGGGAAAAGAAAAACAUUCCUAAUGAAAACCAAACCAUGCAGUUUGGAUCAUAACCAGUGAGACCUUGGCUUUUGUUAUUUUACCUGUACUAAUGAGGAUAGGCAUAGGUGGGAAGGAUGGGACUUUCCAAUGUGUUUCAUAAAGUCUGAUUUCUUCCUUCCUUUUAGAAUAGUCAAAUAAACUUUUUUUUUUUCUUUCAAACAGAAUUUUCUGGGAAUAUCUUACUUCAUAGGCGGUCUUGUCUUUAUCUACUUUCUUCAGUAAACUCUGAAAGAAAAAACUUCUGGAAGUUUGGGCAAUCAUUUGCCAUUAUUUUCCUUUCCUUGAAUUUCUUGAUAUCAUGAGUACUGCUGCAGUAUGGGAUAUUAUGUAUAUUGGUGAAACAGUCACAAAUGGAAUAUCAAGAAACAUGCUAUCACCAGGUAUUAUCUACUGCUGUCUGCAGAAUUCAGACAUGGAGGGCUCAAUGGUGUCCCCUGGUCUUUGGAACAUUCUGUAUUUUAAUGAUCAUGCUAAGGAGAGGCCCCGGAUCAGGACAGCAGAGUUUUCUCAGAUGUGAUGUGGUGCCCCUUGCAUCCUGCUCAGAGAAUUCUCAGCAGCACAGAUCCACUUCAAGGAAACACCGACUUGAAAACUCUCCCCCAUGGUUUUGUCUGAACUGGCUGCCAUUCUGCAGCACACACCAGAUCCAAUUGCUGGAGUCGGGAACCCGAGAGGAGAACCAAUCUCAGCGGCGUCCAGUGUCGGCAGCCAAGAUGGUUAGCUUUAUGCUGGGGACAAUGGAGCGGCCCUGGGGGAAGCAGAGCUGGAAGGCCUCCGCGGAGGAGCUUGACUUGCAGGAGACUGAUUUGCAUGAUAAUCACCAUCAUGGAUCCUCCCUGGUGCCAGCCUCCACACUUAACCAAAUGCAGUAUAACUUUCAUAGCAGCUGAGAAGCCUGAGUAGGGGCUGUAGCACACAUUUUGCAAAGCCUGGAUGACGUCAAAAACUGCUAGUGAAGAGGGGGCAGCUGGUUGUAAAGCUAAACCACACCGAAGAAUGGAGACUUGGAACAUAACCUUAAAACCUGAUAAAGAAUAUAACUUUGGGGACUGUUGAAAAAUACGAAGCUUUUUCCCUCUUAUUAUUAUUAUUAUUAUUAUUUUUAACUCAGAGGAAUCUGUUUACCAGAAGAAGCCUUUUCUUACUGGAACUUCUGAAGCCGUUGAAACCAUGGCAUGAAAAUAGAUCAGUGGAAAUACAGAAACAUUUCCAGUGCAGACAUUUCAGUCUCUAUCAGUUAGAAGUAUGGAGCCAGACUUGUAGACUAGGAAUCUUCCCACCAAUACUUGGUCUGUUUGAUUUUACUUUAUACUGCAUUGUGAUUUGGGGCAUAUGGUAGAAUGGUAGCCAGAAUUGCAAUGAAAAAUUGCACAGAGCCAGUCAAGCUUAAAUCACUCAAAGUUUGUUAUGAAAAACUUUAUUCCUUAGGGCUCCCAGGGACAAAGGAGCAUGUAAAUCAACUGAUGUUAUGGAGCAUGAUUUUGGAUAAUAUGGAGAGUAUGUACAUAUCAAUACUAAUCUAAGCAGUCUUAGAAAUAAUAAAUCACAUAUUUCUUGUAAUUUUCCCAGUUUGAUAAAACAUUUACAAGUAGGUCUUGGUUCUGCCGAGUUUUGUCAUGACUGUAGCACAGCCAGCUCUUUGGCAGUCUGCAAGUUUAUUUUUUGUUUUCUGGAUUUAGCUUUGGAUCUAUCCUUCUUUUUACAGAAUUGGUCCUGUGAUAAGAACUCAACUUCUCUUCCUUCCCUUUUGUUCAUGUCUCAUUAAGAGGUGGCCACAUUCACUUAAUGUCCAUGAUUCCAUCACUAUGUUUAGACUCUCCCUGUAAAUUAUUUUCUCUCUUCCAUUUUCUGCCUUUGACAUUUUGUUGGCCUCCUCCUUUAAAAAAAUCAUUUUUAAAAUUCCCUGCUCCCAGCCUCCUUUCUUUCAAUUCUUCUCGACUUGUCUACUCUGUAGUCUCUGCCUUUUCACCAUUCACUCUUUAACCCUUUGCAGUCUGGAUUCAGCCACCCCAGAUGUGCUGAAACUACCUUCUCAGACAAAGACAAUACUCCUACUUGACAGACCCUCUUUCUCACUCUACUCUAUAGGGGAGUGGCUUACCUAAUUGGUAAAUAUGGGUUGAAUAAGUGGGCUACCUCAGCUUACUGCCAUGCUCGUUCUAUCUGGAGAAGGGCCUGCCUACCAAGAGCACACAUUUUCCCAAAGGCUGGGGGCUCACCCCAGCUUUUGCUGUCCUGGCCUGCCAAGAUGAUAUAAUUAUUAUUAUUAUUUUUUAGGUAGUCUCAUUCUGUUGCCCAGGCUGGAGUGCAGUGGCGCAAUCUCGGCUCACUACAACCUCUGCCUCUUCGGUUCAAGUGAUCUGUGCCUCUGCCUUCGGAAUAGCAGGGAUUAUGGGUGUGCACCACCAUGCCUGGCUAAUUUUCGUAUUUUUAGUAGAGACGGGGUUUCACCUGUUGGUCAGGCUGGUCUUGAACUCAUGAUCUCAAGUGAUCCACUCACUUCUGCCUCCCAAAUUGCUGGGAUUACAGGCAUGAGCCACCAUGCCCAGCCCCAAGAUGAUAUAAUUCUAUAGCUUAGCCAUGUGUGUUUUGGAUUUCAGACUAAGCUACCUCCUCCACCUUGGCUUCAAUCAGUAAUAAAGGUUAUAUUCUGGUCCCUCA